AUUAUACGAAGCACUUGGUUCAACAAAGCAACCAUCAGACAAACAUCUGAGACUAGAAAUCUGUGCCUUGAGAGAAAUGGUUGAAGAAGGUGACAUUAAAGUCACAUGGAUAGAAGGUUCAAUGCAAAUCAGUGAUGCACUCACCAAACGUGGAGCAUCUUGGAAGCUACUGAAACAAGCUAUUGAGAAUGGCCAGCUUCCACACACCAUUCAAGCUUGAAGGGGAUGUGCUGUUGACCCUACUGUAUACAGACAAACAUUUUGGAUUUUUGUUUGUUUUUUUAUUUUUAUUUUGUUCACAAAGAUUUGGAGAUAAUUAUGUUGCUGACCCCACUGUACAUAGAUAAACCUCCAGUUCUAUAGAAAGUAUUUCAUUGGUUCGAUCCAGAAUGUUACAUUUCUCCUUCGACUAUGGUUUACCGAUGUAUAUCAAGUUUAUGUUGCAAGUGAAUAAUUGCAGAUGAUAAAGAAGAUGACCAGCCAAUGGAGUUGACACAAAUAAAGAAAGAGGGGAGAUUGAUAGUUGUAUCUUCUCAUUAAUAGUUAUCUAACUAAUACAGCUGCAUUGGACGCUGAGUUUAUAUCAACUGAAGUAUCACCAAAGUAUCAAUCUAGUUGGACAGGAUCAAACUAACUUGACAUAAUAAUUAUGGCAUAUGGCUCAAUGAGAGAGAUAAAGCUGUGCUUACUUGGAGACGCUGGUGUUGGCAAGUCAUGUUUAGUAUUACGUUUUGUUAGUGAUAGGUUUGAUUUGCAUACCACUGCAACAAUUGGUGCAUCGUUUAUGUCAAAAACGUUUAAUGUUGGUGACAAAGCAUUUAAGUAUCAAAUAUGGGACACAGCAGGUCAAGAAAAAUAUAAAGCUCUGGCACCAAUGUAUUACAGAGGAGCAGCUGCUGCUAUAGUUGUUUAUGAUUUAACAAAUGAAACUACUUUUCAGAGUGUAAAAUUAUGGGUCAAGGAAUUAAAACAGAUUGGUCCUCCAAAUAUUGUUAUUGCUAUAGCUGGAAAUAAAAGUGAUUUAAAAGAUCAAAGAGAAGUGAGUUUAGAAACUGGUGUGGAAUAUGCUGAAAGUAUCAAUGCUGUUUUUGCAGAAGUGUCUGCUUUGACAUCUGAUAAUGUAAACUAUUUGUUUGAAGAUAUAAGUCGGCGACUACCUCCAGAAAAGCCAAGUUAUUCACCUGGUGGUUUAAAACCCUUAGUUAAACCUUCUCCAAGGACAAAUUAUAAAUGCUGUUAGAGUUUUUCUUGUAAUGUUUGUUGCAUUAGCACCUUAGUUUUUAUUAAGUAUAUUUUCACUUUUGAUUUGCUGUUUUUAAUGUAAAAUUAGUAACUUUGGGUACGUAAUUUUCAUAAUGAAGACAUGUUUUACACAUUAACAACAUUUGUAAAUUUUAGAUUUUCAGGCAAGGCAAUAAAAUUAUUGCUUUUGAAAUGUUUCACAGGCCAUUCAUUCAUGACAAUUAAAUAAAUUUCCACUUGUAUUCGUCCUCCAUUCCAACUGUUGAGCAAGUGCUUUUGGCUUGUUUCAAGUGAUGCAAGCCCAAAAACCUAUACACCUUCAAGAACAUGACACCACAGCUGAUGCUGAUGAUGAUUAUGGGCAAGAGGAAGCUGAGUUUGAUAAUGAUGUAUCCUUGCAAAACCAAGAACUGUUUCAGAAAAUGUAUUUCUUUAGAAACGUGUUGGCAAGAUUAAGUCACACUAAUAAAUCUCCUCGGUAGAAAUGAAAAAGGCAUAGAAAUAAAACAGGCAUAUAAUUAAAAAGAGGUGGAAAUAAAAAGGGGUAGAAUUAAAAAGGGGUAGAAAUGAAGAGAGGUUUAUGAGGAAUUUUUUCUGGUGACAUUUUAAUGUUUAAUGGUCUGAUUAAAGUACUUCAUCGUAAUAACACAACAAACUUUGAUGUCCUUCCCUGUAAUAAUCAUCUUUUGUUACAAAAGCUUUAUAUAUAUGAUAUUUUUCUAUAUUAUAUAAAUUAUUUUUUAUGCAGUGUGUAAAAGACGCUAGAUGGAAAAUCAUGCUUAUUUUUCCAUUUUUUUUUAUUAAGUAUUUUUUUUUAACUUUAAAUGACAUUCUUUAAUGAUAUUUUUUAUAUAAAUCUUUGUAAAGUUUCAUUUAAAUUGUUGUAUAAACGUUUUUCCAGUUUCAAGCAACUACUAAAUUCAUAGUAUAUCUUAAGUAUUGAUAUAUGAAUUUCAAAAUUCAGCAGUCUUGUCUACAUAGCAAAAAGCUCUUGAAAAACGGUAGAAAUCGAGAGAAAAAAAACAUCAAAUUCUCUUUCACGAAAUUCUCAAAAUUUAAUUCUCACACAAUAUUAGGAAUUAUUUUCCAAAAAAUAAUUGUAAUUUUUGAUUUUUUUUGCAUAACAGUUUUUUCUAAAUUCAAAGUAAUUAUUCUGUAACGAAUUUAAAUUUUUAAGAUAAUUUGUCUUCUGCAUUUAAAAUAUGGACUUUUUACUUUUAUAUUUUUUGUGAUAUUUAUUUUGCAGCUCGUGUAUAUUUCCUUAAAGUUCCCUUUUAAAUUUUUACAAAGUUUUUCCUUUUUUUUCAAUUAAUAGUGUGUUUUAUUUGUUUUGACCAGAUGAAUGUUUGUGCUCAAAAGAAAAAGAAAAACGAGUUUUGUCCUACAUAUUCCAAAAAGAUUUGAUUUCUUAUUUUCAACCCUUUUUCUUUGUAGAAAUUUUAAAUGAACUUAUUGAUGUUUAAAGCCAGGCCGAAUCCCACUAUCAAUUUUCCUGGAUAGUUUAUAACUUCGCAAUUUUAUUGCUUUUGUAGCUGUAUAACUAUAGCUACAGAUUAUUUUUCAUGUUCAUUUUUUAGGUUUAGUGAAUUUGAACAUAACUUUAAAUUUAUAUAUUUGACGUGGCACUCAUCCCAAGACAACCUUCUUUUGCAGUA